AUGUCUACACACUCUGCAGUUGCGACAGUAGCCAAGAAAGCACGUCUUGGCAUAAUCCAAGUUCCUACUGCUACACCAAUAGAGCAGCAAGUCCGUGUCCGUGUCGAGUGGACAGCUUCUACGCCUUUGGACCUUCAUCAGAACGAUGGCGCUUUGCUCGUGAAACAUCCUCAAAUUCUUGGUGACAGUGUAGCUGGUACAGUAGUCGAAUUGGGGCCAGAUGCUAAGAGACUACAAGUUGGGGAUAAAGUCUUCGGCUUCACCUGGAGGACCCAAGUAGCAAAGGCUCAUCAAGAAUUCUGCACAACGGACGAAUGGCUCUUGGCGAAGUUACCAGACGGUUUCACUCUGGCCGAAGCUGUAACGUUACCCAACAACUUCGUGACAGUAUUCCAUUCCUUCACAGCCGAUCUGGCUCUCGAAAUGCCCUGGCCAAAGAACGAAUCUUAUGUGCCAGGUCAUGUUGAUGUACCAAUAUUAAUCUGGGGUGGCUCCUCGUCCGUCGGCCAGUUCGCCAUCCAGAUUUUGCACUACUACGGCUAUAGGAACAUCCUGACAACGGCGUCUCGAAAGCACCACAAGAAACUACGCAACCUUGGUGCAACCCAAGUAUUCGAUUACAACAAUGCAGAUGUUGUUGCAUGCAUUUCAGACGCUGGUGGUGACGAGGGCAUUCCUUUGAUUUAUGACUGCAUCGGCAGCCAGAGCGGUAGCAUCGCACCAAUCGCCAAGAUCGCGAAACCCAGAUCGAAGGUUGCAAUACUGCUACCGGUGAUAUUGCGCGAUUCAACCGAGACGCAGGAUCCAGAAUAUGAGAUGGAUGUGGGCAAAGUGGCAGAGUGGAGCGAUGGUGUCGACGUCAGGGGCGUGCGAACGCACUUCUACCUAGACAAUGAGUACUUCAAGCACCAUCUUCAGCCCGACAUCAUGCCCGCUAUGUUGAAGACCGGUGUCGUGACACCACAGAAGCAAAGGAUGAUAGAUGGUGCGACACUGCUGGAGAGAGCACAAAAUGCGAUGGACAUGCUGAGACGUAAAGACGUGAGUAUGGAACGACUUGUGUGGCGCGUCAGUGAGACGUAG